AUUCAAAACAUCGAAAAAGAACAAACAUGUUAAUUAUUAUUGUUUAAUAAUUUCACGAUGUGGUGGAUAUUGGCCUCUAUAGUAGCCGCCCUUUGGGGAUACUGGUUUUUGAUCCGCCCCCACAAGUUCUGGACAAGAAAAGGCGUACCGCAAGGAACCCCAAGGUUUAUUUUGGGGGACACCUGGGGAACGUUUUUGGGAAAACAAUCGCCUGCAGAAAUGGUGGAGAUGGUUUACAAAAUGUGUCCAAAUACCAGGUACUCAGGCUGCUACCAAUUUUUACUGCCAACCCUUGUGCUCAAAGACCCCGACCUCAUCAAACAAAUCACAGUCAAAGACUUCGACCAUUUUGAAGACCACCGAAGUUUGAUCCAGGAAGACAGCGACCCACUAUGGACCAAAAACCUUUUCGCUCUAAAUGGUAAAAAGUGGCGCGAAAUGCGGGCUACACUAAGUCCAGCUUUCACCAGCAGCAAAAUGAAGUACAUGUUCACUUUAAUCUCACAAACUGGCGAACAAUUUGUAAAAUAUUUUUUGACACAAGACCAAAAUCGUACUACUUUUGAAAUGAAAGACAUCUUCACUAGAUUCACUAACGACGUCAUCGCCAACACCGCUUUCGGAGUCGAGUGUGACUCGUUGGUGGACAGGACAAACGAGUUCUAUAUGAUGGGGAAAGAAGCCACAAAUUUUAGUGGCUUGUGGAAAACCUUCAAAUUUUUUGGGUACAUGUUAAUACCUAAAGUAUUUAAGUAUUUUAAGAUUACUAUGUUUUCAAAAAACGUCGGACAGUUUUUCACUAAUUUGGUCAAGAGCAACAUCCAGAGUCGCCUAAAACAUAGUAUUGUUAGACCCGAUAUGGUUCAUCUUCUCCUCGAGGCUCGAAAAAACGGGCUUAAGUAUGACGACAGCGAACCCCUUCAAGACACCGGUUUUGCCACAGUUGCAGAGUCCGAAAUCAACAAGAACCCCAAAAACAUCAAAACGGAAAUUACCGAUCAAGAUAUCGUCGCUCAAGCUUUCGUUUUUUUCUUAGCUGGGUUUGACUCAGUGGCCACAGUCAUGUGUUUCAUGUCUCACGAACUUGCUCUUAACCCAGACAUUCAAAACAGGCUGAUCCAAGAAGUAGACGAAACUCUGGAAGCUUGCAAAGGCAAACUUACCUACGAUGGUCUUCUUGGUAUGAAAUACUUGGAUAUGGUUGUUUCUGAAACUUUAAGAAAGUGGCCUAACGCUGUUGGUUUGGACAGAAUUUGUACAAGACCCUACACCAUCGAGCCUAAAUACCCUGACGAGAGAGCUGUUCAUUUGGAAAAGAAUACCGUUGUCUGGGUGCCCGUUUUUGGUCUCCAUAGAGAUCCGCAAUUUUAUCCAGAACCAGAACGUUUUGAUCCUGAAAGGUUUAGCGAUGAGAACAAGGCCAAUAUUAAACCCUACACCUACAUGCCUUUUGGGUCUGGUCCUAGAAAUUGUAUUGGUUCUAGAUUUGCCCUCUUGGAGAUUAAAACCUUGUUCUUCUAUAUUUUGUCACAUUUCGAAAUAGUUCCUGUGGAGAAAACUCAAAUACCUCUAGUGCUAAGCAAGAAACACAUGAAUAUCACUGCUGAAAAUGGGUUCUGGUUAGGACUUAAACGCAGGUCCAGGGUUUAAAUUGAUAUAAUCAUUAGUUAUGUAAAUAUAAAUAAAAAUAGUAUGUAGCUGCUACAAUGAUGAGAUUUAAAUUAUAAACAUCUACUUUUUAUUGUUAUAAUGAUCUACGGUGACCUCGAUGAAUGAAUCAUAUAAAAUUAGAUGCAGACCCGUCCAACUUCUAGCGAGCGAAAGUUAUUCAACCGUGUGUCAAUUUUACAUCAGAUUUCAUUCGAUUGCUGGAGAUAACAAAAUUUAUGGAUAGUCAGUCUAAAAGUUCCCACCUUACUUGUGAAAUAUUAAAUCAUUAUUUAAUUUUUUUUUAUAAAAUAUAGAACCUGUGCAAAAACCAA